CCAGACAGUUGGCAUCUCGGUUUCAUGAGCAGUUUGCGGUACGGGAUGACCUGAUGGGUCUGGCCAUCGGGACUCAUGGGGCCAACAUUCAGCAGGCGCGAAAAGUCCCCGGAGUCACUAACAUCGACCUGGACGAAGAAACGUGCACCUUCCACAUAUACGGGGAGGACCAGGAUGCAGUCCGAAUAGCUAGGAGCUACCUGGAGUUUUCCGAAGAUAUCAUCAAAGUUCCCCGAAACUUAGUCGGAAAAGUGAUCGGAAAGAAUGGCAAGCUGAUCCAGGAAGUGGUGGAUAAGUCCGGUGUGGUGAGGGUUCGAAUCGAGCCGGAGAACGACAAGAAGCCCUCGGCAGCGGCUGCGGCAGCAGCGGAUGAGGGAAUGGUGCCAUUUGUGUUUGUGGGGACCAAGGAAAGUAUUUCCAAUGCAACGGUGCUCCUGGACUAUCACCUCAAUUACCUUAAGGAGGUGGACCAGCUGCGCUUGGAGCGCCUUCAGAUUGACGAGCAGCUGCGACAGAUAGGGGGCGGGGGCGGAGGGGGAGGGACAGGCCCCCGAAACCCCAAAGACAAAUCCUAUGUGUUCGAUAACGGGAUGGGGAUGGGCAGAGGAGCAGGAGGUGGGAAGCCCUACUUGGGAGGAAGAGGCGGACGGGGCCGGAGAGGGGGCGGGGCGGCGUUUACCUCAGGCACCAACUCAGAGGCGUCCAACGCUUCGGAGACGGAGUCAGACCACCGAGAGGAGCUGAGCGACUGGUCCCUGGCACCCACCGAGGAGCUGAUGACGGGGGGCGGGUCGCUGCCCAGGCGGACAGACGGCAGGAAACGAGCCGGAGGGGGGGCCCUGAGGGGCCGCGGGGGCAGAGGGAGAGGAGGGGGAGGGUAUAAAGGUGAUGACAUGCAGUGGGGCGAGCCAAGACCUCGUCAUGUAAGGGACCCAAAACCUCGAGGCCAGGAAGACAGUCUGCAGAUCCGUGUGGAUGGGAACAACGAGCGCAGCGUGCAGCACUCAUCGGGCGGCCGAGGAGGAGGAGGAGGAGGAGGAGGACCUUCUUCAUCCCAGAGCGGCAUUGCCGUCGGGGGGGACGGCCAGUCCCGCCAUCACCAUCAGAGACCCCUGAGAGACCGGGUGAUGAAGAAGGACAAACAGGACGCUCCGGCGCUGGUGAACGGAGUGUCGUAGACGCACCCACGGAGGACCUUCUCACACACACACACACACACACACACACACACACACGCUCACACACAGGCAACUUCUCAUACACCAUCUUAUAGUCUCUGGCGUAUUUUUUAAAUUUUAUUUUUUGGUCUUUUUCUCGUCUUUGUCGCACACAAGAGGACACACAUUUCCAUCGGCAUGGAAACGUUUAGCGAAGUCUUGAUCCGUUCCCGCCUGCUGUUGUCUCCUGUUCUUCUCUGGACUGUUUCGGGACAAGAGGAGAAGAAGAAGAAGGUUUUGACGAAAGCUCCUCUGUGACAGAAGGGUUAGCUGAGGGGGGAAAAAAAGCGCUCCCAUUUCACUCCGUCAACACCACAAAUAUGUAUUUUUUGGGGAGUUUUUUUUUUUUCUCCUUCAGUCCCAUUCGUGCUUACUCGCAUGAGAAAACGGGAACGACGGCGGCGGCAGAAAUCUUUGGAAACAAUUUCACCCAUUUGGCAAAAGUUUCAACGUUUUUAACUCUUAGAGAUGAUCGUGGACUUCGCUGUGUCCAAACAAUUCCCCUUCUCCCCCCCCCCUGGUACAGAUGCACAUUUUGCUUCUCUAAAGCUCCCAAAAUUCAACAUAUUCAAAGUCACCCAAAACCAACUUUCUACAACGUACCUGUUCGGAAAAAAAAAAAAAAAAAAAAGUCGCAAAUCUGAGAUUUUUUUUUGUCCCUGUGGGAAGAUGUUUGGUUGUGGGGAAAAAUGUUUGCAGAUGGCACUUUACUUUUAUUUUCUACCUUUUUAUCCACACUGAAAUACAAACAGGUAUGCACUCCUAAAAGCGACGCUCUACAUCACGCUGUUAUUUGAAAAGGCCUGUGUUUGGUUUUGAUGCCUAAAUAUUGUAAGCUGUCGAACCCCGUUUCUUCUGAAGCAUACAGACUUAAACCUGAGGCCAGCUGGUGUGAAAUAUCUGUUUUAUUUUGUUUUUUUUAAAAAGCAAAUUAAAACUCAGCAGCAACUUCCUAAAGUCUAGGUUUGUACUACGUCGAUGUCAACUGUCAUUUUGUAAAAAAAAAAAUAAAUAAACGCUCCACCUCUCUUGUGAA